AUGGGCGAGUGGAAAGGCUACAUCAGUGCGGUGCUGCGGGACCAGCGCAUCGACGACGUGGCCAUCGUGGGCCACUCGGACAAUCGCUGCGUGUGGGCAUCGCGGCCCGGUGGCCUGCUGGCGGCCAUCUCACCGCAGGAGGUGGGUGUACUCACGGGGCCGGACCGGCGCACCUUCCUGCAGGCGGGCCUGAGCGUGGCGGGCCGCCGCUGCUGCGUCAUCCGAGACCACCUGCUGGCCAAGGGAGACGGAGUGCUGGACGCACGCACUAAGGGGCUGGACGGGCGCGCCAUCUGCGUGGGCCACACGCCGCGUGUGCUCCUCGUGCUCAUGGGCCGGCGGGGCGUGCAUGGGGGCAUUCUCAACAAGAAGAUGCACGAGCUGAUCCACGGGCUGCGCUCGCAGGGCACCUAG